AUGGCUAUCCUCGCCGUUGCCUCUCCGCUGAAAACCCUAAACCCUAGCCCGGCGGACCACAGCCGCAUCCGCAUCCGCCUCUCCUCUUCCCUCCUCCACCUUCCGCUCCCGGUGCCACGAUGGCGCCGGCUCCGGUGCUCCGCGCAGUACAGUGAGGCGGCGGUGCCGCCCACGUCGACAACGACGCCGCGGCCGGCGGAGAUACCCUGGAGCAAGGAGCUCUGCAACUCGGUGCGGCUCAUUGGGACUGUGGGCACCGAUGUCGAGCUGCGGCAGCUGCCCAGUGGCUCCGCUGUUGCGAGGGGUCGCCUCGCCGUAUGGAAGUCGGCCACCGAGACUACAUGGGUAACUCUACAAUUCUGGGAUGAUCUGGCUAUUGUGGCCUCUGAGCAUGUUAAGAAGGGUGACAGGAUAUUUGUUUCUGGACGGCUUGUCUCAGAUACUGUUGAUGAGGGGCCUGAGAAACGGCACGUUUACUACAAGCUUGCAGUUCAACAGUUGAAUUUCAUUGAGUCCCAGCCAGUUCGAUUAUAUGAACCAGAGGCAAGCCAGGAUGCCCCAGGUGGAAGGCAUGCUGAUUAUUUUAACUCUACCUCUAAUUCAACUGAGGAUAAGAAUAGGGAUAAUAUGAGCUCUUCUCGAUCAACUGAAGAGCUGUGGCAAGCGUUCUUUGCUAAUCCUCUUGACUGGUGGGAUAACAGGACAAAUAAGAGGAACCCAAGGUAUCCAGACUUCAAGCAUAAGCACACUGGUGAAGCACUAUGGGUUGAUGGGAGGAACAACCCCAACUGGGUCAUAUCUCAGCUGGCAGUUUUGGACUCAAGAAUGAGUUCUCUGCAAGACAAUGAGAGAAAACCAGUCUCUUAUAUGUAUGCUGAUGAGUUCAUGACAAUGGACGGCACUCGAUAG